AUGCCGCCCGCCCAUCGGGGCCCGACCGGCGCCCCCAUCGACCGCUGGACCACCGCUUCCGCCACCGCCAUCGCAAGCGGCUUCAACGCCGCAAUGGCUCUCGGACCGCAGCCCAAGAUCGCCACCUCCAACUCCAACGCAGCAGGUCCCUACGCCACCGCCUCGUUCGCCGACACCAUCAGCGAUGAAGACGACGACGACGACGAAGACAACCCCGGCGACGACCAGGGCGUAUCGCCACCGAACGGCGCCACCUCGACCGCAAAGCAAAAGGCAAAGGGCAAGGCCGCCGCCACCGCUACCACCUCACGCACAAAGGACGCAGCCGCCCUCGCCCACCGCAAGGAGCAGAACCGCGCAGCACAGCGCGAGUUCCGACAGCGCAAGCAACAGUACAUCCGCGCCCUCGAGGCACGCGUAGAGCUCCUCUCGUCCGACCACGAUACCCAGGUCGACCGCCUCCGCUUCGCCCUCCGCCAGCUCCUCGCAGAGAACAACACCCUCCGCACCAUCGUCGCGUCCCUCGCCUCGUUCAUCGGCUCCGGCGACAUCGGCGGCUGCAUGGCCCAGGCCGGCCUCACCCGCGCCGAGCUCGAAGACGCCAUGAACAAUCGCAGCGAAAAGACAAUGACCGAGGCAUGGCAAAACUGGCCGGGCGCAAAGGAGUGCGAGGCCCUCAGGCAGAUCCGCCUCGAAAGCAACAUCCCCCUCGACGGUCUGCCGGAGAGCAAGCUGCCGUACGGCUGCUCCACCUCGAGCCGCCAGGGCCAGGCAUCGCAGGCCACACAGCCACCGAACCCUCGAGCGGACCAAGAGGACAUCCAGACGCAAGCAGAACCUGCUGCGACAACGUCAGCGAAGGCGAAGACCCCUGCCGAUGCCAGCAAGAAGCGCAAGCGCAGCGCCUCCGGACAACAGAGACCCGCUCUGGUCACCCAUCGCAAGAGCGUUGCGCAAGCCACCGACACCAGCGCGCCCUUGGACGGUCACGGCACAGCUGCAGCAUCGCAGCCGCAGCUUGACCCAGGCACGGACGAAUGGCAGCGUUCCUCGCAGCGUUCGCAGACGACCGCCGCAUCGCUUAGCGGGCUCGGCGCUUCCGUAGCAGCGCCACCAGGUUCCGCCUUGGACCCUUCCGCCGCCGCCGCCGCCGCCGCCGCCGCCAUUACCGCUGCGCUACCACCCGCACAGGUACAGGCCCAGGCCCAGGCACUGGCGCCUGCGUCCAUCGCCUCGACCUUGACAAUCGUACCGGCCUCGACGGCACCGGCUGAUGGACCCUUUGCGUCGCCGGAGCUCUGGCAGCAGCAGCAACAGCUGUCCCACCUCUACAUGCUCCAGCAGCAGAGUCCCAGUAACAGCCUUGACGCCACCUUCUUGCAGACGCUCUUCGGCGAUCUGGGCGGGCAAACCGGCACCGGAAGCGGAACCGCCGAUCACAUCGCCGCCACGCCGGGUGCCGCGAGCUUGGACCCUGCCAGCCCCUUUAGCCUGCUCGCCUCGAUGCAGAUGAUGGCGGGCGGGGUCGGCAGCAGCAGCAGCAGCAGCAACGGAGGGACCUCUGACGACUAUGGCGCCGCCCUCAUGAGCUUCAGCCCGGCCGCCAUUACACCGACCCGUGCGGCAGCCAGCGGCAGCGCCGGAGGAGAGCCGCUGCCUGCUGCUGGCGCCACACUUCUGCCGCUGACGAGGUCCAGCUCCAUCUCGGCCGGCACGGCUGGGCCCGCACCUGCCCAACAGGCAAGGAGAAGCAGCGGCGGGACGCCGACCAGCUUUCACCAGCAGCUGCAUCGCACCUCGACCUCAUCCGGCCCCAACCCGAUGCGGAAGCGGUACACGCGCGUGGUUGCGGCCGUCAACCGGAUGCUGCGCAAGCGGGGCUUCCACGAGUUUGUCGACCUGCCGCCGGACUGCGAGCUGACGCACGAAGACCUGCGCCACGUCGAGGAGCAGGAGCGCAGCAGGCCCUACCUCAUCUUGGCGCACCACGGCUUCGAGGGCGACCUGCAGGAUGAGCUCGAGACGCGCGGGCCCGACGGCCGGGCGCAGCACAAGCUCCUCAACCGGCGUCACAUUGAGCGCAUCGAGGACUCGUUCAUCCAGCUCCACUACCACUUCCAGAACUUCCGGAUGAACCCCAAGUACCGCCUGCCGCCGCUGCUGCGCCCGACGCCCAUCCAGCAGGCGCAGCCGCACGCGCCGGACAUCGACAGCGUGCCGUGGUCGUCGAUCCGCGACGCGCUCAUCCUGUACCCGCAGCUCGACUUUGACGAGGUCAUCUUCGAGAUGAUCCGCGGCGCCGAGAUCCACGAUGGCGACAUCCUGAUGGAGGAGCAGUGGGAGAUCCACCGGCCCUUCCUCGUGCGCUUCCCCAUCAUGGCCGAGGACAAGGUGCUCGACGUGUCGAAUGCGUGGCGCAAGAGGCGCGGGCAGGAACCGCUUACCCGCGAGCAGCUGUGGCGCGACCAUGCCAUGCUGCGCGAGGCGGAGCGCAGGAAGUGGAAGGAACUCGGCGAACCGUUCCCACUGCCCGACCGCGACUUUGUGCCGCGCCCGCGGCCCGAUCCCACCUCGACCGGCGGACCCUCUGCCAUCGCGACCACUUCUAGCGAGUCGUAG